UCCAGUGGUACAAUCCUCUCACACGGAACAUUGUCGCCGCCAGUCGGUAAACCAACGGAGCAGAAAUGUCCUCACUCUCCACGGAACCUCGCAAUGUUUGUUUUUUAAUGAAUUAGAAAGUUAAGCUGUCAAAGCGAGCAUGUUCGAUCCAUUAUUUGAAUCCUGAGUGAAAAGAAAUUCAGUUGAGGAGUUUGAACACCUGACAGCCAGUGCGUGGGAAUGGCAGCACCUCGGCCGAUAAAAGGCAUCCUGAAAAACAAGAAUAACGCCGCCGGUAUCAAACCUUUACCGGAUGACUUUCUGGGAGAUAAACCCGAAGAAACCGCCGGACUUUCGGAUGAAGACCAGCAGAAGAAAUCCCAGAAGUGGGAUGAGAUGAACAUCCUGGCUACCUACCAUCCAGCAGACAAGGAUUAUGGCCUGAUGAAGAUAGAUGAGCCCAGCACACCUUAUAACAGGAUGGUUGGGGACGAUGAGGACGAGGGGGCGCUGAGCGACUCGGAGGGCCAGGGGGCGCUCCACGCGGAUGACCUGACCUCAAAGCUCAAAGCAGCAGAGUGUUCAGAACCUCGAUUUAUGAAGGAAGAAGAGGAAGAGGAAGAGGAGAGCAGUGAGGAGGAGGAGGAGGAGCUGACCCCUGAGGAGCAAGCCAAAAAGAAACAUUUUCAGAUGAUGAGGAAAAAGCACUACAAUGAGGGCCUCAACAUCAAACUGGCUCGGCAGCUCAUCGCCAGUGAGCUGGAGGAUGACGAGGACGAGGAUGAGGAGAUGAGGGACGAGACGGAGGAGGCAGAGGAGAUCAGUGUGGACCCACCGCAGGAAGCUGAUUCUCUGGACUCCUAGACGAGGCGUCUCCCCCUCCAGUACGUGUGUGUGCGUGUGCGUCACCAUGCAGACCAGACAAUAUCACAGCGCUGUGUGUUUUCAACGCCAGGCCAAGCACAAGACACCGCUUCACCCAUUUAACUCCUCUGAACAGCCAGUAACCUUCAAUUCAUCUGUCUCCACUAGUACAAAAACGUGCAAUACAACCGUAAAGCCUAGCCAAAUAAUGUCCCGAGACCCAAUCCCCCCCCCCCUUACUGGACAUGGCCGCACUGAAGACAUUCUGACUGUGAAAGGAAGUUGAAGGCCUGUGAGGAAAAUAGCUGGGACUUGUGUGUGGCUGAACAGGCCCGUUGUAGGCCCUCCAGCUAGAAGGUCAGCCCUGAAGAAAGCCAAGGGAAGCCCUGCAGCCUGGCCAAUGGCGUCUCAGACAACAGCGCUUGUGCUGGCUACAGUUAGGAUGGAUUUUAUUUUAAUCUGUGACCUACUUCUCUGCUUUGUUUUGAUAUUAUAUCAGGAUAUCUUUGAGCGUUUUCAUUAAACAGCCACAUGGAUGCUGUAGUUUGUUGACAUGAGCUGUGUCUCAAAUCGUGCACUUAUGUACUUAGAUUUAAAUAUGUAUACUAUGUACACUGUGUACUUUGUUCCUGAGUGAAUUUGGACAGUGUAGUGCUGUCCCAAAUCGAUUGCUUCUCUCCUUUUUAUAAUUGUGACUUGCAACCAUUGCUGAUGAUUGGCGGCGCAUGUUGAGGGCAACAUCCGGGUACUGACGGCGCACUGCAUUUUGCCGUACUUCGACGUGGGCGUUCACACUGAGAAGUACCUGGAUGUUGCACUCAAAACGGCCCUUACCGCCCUCAGUUGUCGCCAUCGUGGCCACGUAGCAAAAGGGGAGGGACAAACUCGAGUGGUUGCAAUUCACAAUUAAAAAGGAGAGCAGAAAUAAAUACUGCGAUUGUCAUUUUUCCGACAGUAAUCAUCUUUGGACAGCCCUACGCUAAAAUACAGUGUGCAUAGCGUACUGACGGAAGUAUUCCAUUUGAGACACACGAUCUUCAGCCUCACUUCUAAUUUGGGUGAUUUUAUGAACAAAUAUCUUUACUCAUCUUAACUAAACACUGAAAGAUUUAACAUUGGGCGUUUCAAAAGUACUGACUUUCCAGGAAAUAUUUUUUUUCCCCACCCUACACUUUUGUUUGUUUCAUGGGAGGAAAAAAAAAAAAGCUGAUGAGUCCAAAAUUCGACACUGAUUCUGUGUUUCUCUCGGGUCGAGCAAUUUCGAGGAGGAAAGGUUAAGCACAUGCUACUGAUGUGUUACGAUCACAACUUGAACGCAGGCAACAUUGACUGUGCUUUCGCUUACACGAGUGAUGUAUUGGGCUUUCCAUAUGUGUUAAGCUUCGUCUAUUCAAUUCUAAUGCGGAACGUAGAAUGAAUUGCGUCUAUGAUUUAAAUAAUGUCCAAUCAGGAGGUGUAAUUCAUGGUGGUGAUGAUGAUGAUGCUACUGGUAAAUAAAUACAUGCAGUGUUGCGUUUAUGAUGGAUUCCUGUAAAGUUAUCAUUUUAAACAGAGUGAAACAAGGAAAAAAAAGUGUCCUGUAUUGUUUUUUUUUUCCUUGUUGUGACUGUUGAUGUGUUGAGCAUAUUGUGCAAAUACAAAACCUGAUUUAUGCAAACCGGGCUGUUGCAGUUUGUUCUUGUCAUUCUGCUCCGUUCCUGAUGAUGAACACAAACAAGAUACGUUUUCUUUGAAAACAAGUACAUAAUCAUUCAAAAAAAAAUAUGCUCACGCCUCUUAGUUGACCCUUACCGUGCUUCGUGUUAUGUGCACAUCAUGUUGAUGUCAUGUUGUCUUUUUUUUUUUUUUCCUCCACCAUUUUGGUCGGUUUUUCACCACUUCUUUUCUAAUGAUCUUGGUUGCACUUUUCGUGUUCAUCAUCGCAACAUUGUGUGUACUUUUUGUUUGUGUCUCCCCAUAUAUAAAAAAAAACGUUGUUAGCUG